GGAAAUCCAGCGUAUUCAUGAAGAUACAACCGCGCAAAUGCUACAUAUCUAACUGUCUCAACAUCCCUAGUCAUUGAAGUGCGCGGUAAAAGCAAGAAGCACAACAAAAACAUGUGGUUGCAGCCUUGAAGUAUUGGCAGACACACCCCUCUCCACACACUUGUCUCUGUCUCAAGUCGGCUCCUACCAUGGGGUUGCGGUCGGAGCAGAAAAAGCACUUUCCACUUCGAGGGAUCGAUGGAGUAGUAAAACUGUUCGAGGCCGAGCUACGAAACCCGGAACCGGACCUGGCUUUAUUGUCUCUUGUUUUGGGCUUUGUGGAGCACUUCUUAGCCGUAAACAGAGUGAUCCCGAUCAACGUCCCUGGGGUGCGCUUCGAGCCCCUGCAGCCAGACUGCCCGAACUCCUGCUUCCCCGUUGUAGAACUGGGUCUGCUGACGGCCCUACAUGAACGCUUCACAGCUCAGAUCCGUGGCGCGGUGGACCUGACCCGUUACCGGAGAUCGGGUGGCAUCUCCAGUCGGGAGUUGGUCAACAAAGUGUCUGACGUCAUUUGGAACAGCCUCAGUCGCUCCUACUUCAAGGACCGUGCUCACAUUCAAUCGCUUUUCAGUCUAAUCACUGGCACCAAGUUAGACAGCUCAGGGGUGGCUUUUGCAGUAGUCGCCGCCUGUCAGGUCCUGGGGCUUCGUGACGUCCACCUGGCUCUCUCGGAGGACCAUGCGUGGGUCAUCUUCGGCAAAGACGGCGAGGAGACGGCCGAGGUCACGUGGCACGGAAAAGGGAACGAGGACCGGAGGGGUCAAACCGUCGCCGCCGGCGUGAACGAAAGGGUGAAUGUCAAUGAAAGUUGGCUCUAUCUGAAAGGCUCAUACAUGAAGUGCGACCGCAAUAUGGAGGUGGCGUUCAUGGUGUGCGCCAUCAACCCGUCCCUGGACCUGCAUACGGACAGCACCGAGCUCCUGCAGCUGCAGCAGAGGCUUUUGUGGCUGCUGUACGAAAGAGGAGAUUUGGAAAAAUACCCCAUGGCCAUGGGCACACUAGCAGAUCUGGAGGACCAGGAGCCCAUCAGUGGUAAAGAGAGUCCCUUGAACAUCCACCUGAAGGCCGUGGAGUCAGCCAAGAAGUACUACAACAACGAGCACAUCUACCCGUUCAUGUACCUGGCCGGGUACCACUACCGGCACCGCAACGUGCAGGAUGCCCUGGGCUCCUGGGCUGAGGCCGCCACCGUCAUGCAGGACUACAACUACUGCCGCGAGGAUGAGGAGAUCUAUAAGGAGUUCUUCGACAUCGCCAAUGACGUCAUCCCCACGCUGCUGAAGGAGACCGUCGUCGAGGGCGGAGCUGACGGGGCCGAGGGCGCAGCCGAGAAGUCUGAGAAGGACUCACCAAGACAGGCUGCCGUUCUCUCGGCACUACAAGACCCAGAAUGCUUUGCGCACCUGCUGCGCUUCUAUGACGGCAUCUGCAAGUGGGAAGAGGGGAGCCCCACACCUGUGCUGCAUGUGGGCUGGGCCACCUACCUGGUGCAGUCGCUCAGUCGCUUCGAUGCCCAGGUGAGACAGAAAGUCUCCAUCAUCACCAAAGAGGCCGAGGCCCAGGACGACGACGACCAGUCGAGCGACGACCCGCGUGAGGGCCGGCGUCGGGGCCCCCGCCGCGAGUCCAAACUGGACGAGCAGCCUCAAGCCCUCCCGCCCGGCCAGACGCCUGCCGCGGCCACUGCCGGCCAGACCCCCGUACCGCCGCCUGCCCAGCCAGCGAACGCCGCCACCACCGCCGGCUCGGCGAAAAAGAUCGGUGACGGCGGAGGCCGAAGACGCUCGUCCCAAGGGGGAGCCCGCGGCAGCAACGCCGAGGUGUCCGAGGCCAAGACCCGCGCCAGCACGCCGAGCCCCACCCCUUCCUGUACCCAGCAUGCCGCGGGGCUGGGCGGCGGACCCGUGGUGACCUUCACCAGCGAGAAGAUGAAGGGCAUGAAGGAGCUGCUGUCGGCCGCCAAGGUCAACUCCAGCGCCAUCAAGCUGCAGCUCACGGCGCAGUCGCAGGUGCAGCUCAAGCGCCAGAAGCCCUCGGCCUCCGGCGACUACACGCUGUCCUUCAUGAAGCGCCCGCGCAAGACGCUGUAGGGCAGCGCCAACGGCAACGGCAUCGGCCGCCAGAACCACAGCGCUGGUUUUAAUUGUCCCUAACAGAGAGAGAGAGACAUGGGAGAAGGUGGAGGAGGAGGAGGAGGCUAGCUGAGAGAGCGAGAGAGAGAGAGAGAGAUGGGGGGGUUAGCUGAGAGAGCGAGAGACACAGAGAAGAGGAGGCUAGCUGAGAGAGAGAGAGAGAGAGAGGGAGAGAGAGAGCGAGAUAGAUGGAGAGAUGGGAGGAGGAGGCUAGCUGAGAGAGAGAGAGAGAGAGAGAGAGAGAGAGAGAGAGAGAGAGAGAGAGAGAGAGAGAGAGAGAGAGAGAGUGACUG